AAUCCUGGAGCUUGGGCUAGUCACGCCUUGCUUGGGGCUGCACUGCUCGCCCUUGGAUCGGUUGCGUCAUUUUAGAGCCUCGCGAAUCAUCCAAAGCUUUGCCAUUCCAACCACCAGCUCCUUGUAUUCACACAGCAUCCGUCAAAUCAGAACAUCCAUCCAUAAAGGUGCGUUUCCAGCUUGACCAGUUGUCUUCGUGCCGCCAUCCACAAUAAAUAUGCCACCGCCCACGGACCCAGACAUCAGUCCUCCUCCGCUGGUGGAGGAUGCCUGGCAUAUCCUCUACAAUCCCUUCAGUGCCACCAUCAACGUUGACGAAAAUCAUCCCGGAAACCCCAUCAAAAUGUUUCUCCUGCGACCUCUCUAUGCGCCUCUCCUGUUUUCCAAUGUUUCAUCUGAUGCCCGCGAUCACUGUGCCAACGAAAGGACAUUUUUAUCCUGGCUCCGGCUGUCCAUCUACAUGGCUGUUGUCGCCGUUGCCAUCUUCAUCAACUUCCAUCUGAAGAGCCAGCCCACAUCCCUAGAAGAGCGUCUAUCCCACCCACUCGGAAUCAUCUUCUGGGUUCUUUCCCUGGCGUGUCUGGUGAGCGGAUUGGGCAUCUACAUGCGGACAGUCACAAAGUACGCGAGACGGCGGGCUUUGGUCCAGACAGGGAUGAAGACCCAAAUCAUCUUUGGAGUAGUCUCGACUGCGAUUAUUGCCGCUUGUGCAUUGUUCUUGGGGGCUGAAGUGCAGGCGUCGAGACAGCGGCAGGCUGCCGCGGCUGCGAGUGUAUUAUAUCGGACCUAACCCAUGAAAGGCGUUAUUGAUGAUGACGAGUAUUCAUAUGACUGAAAAGGAACCCGAUCCUCCAAACUGUAACGCGCUCACUGUCGAAGCUUGAUAAUGUGACUUUCUCGGCGCUGAUUGGGGUACGUAGA